AUGCUUGUCGCACCGCAGGUGGGCGAUCCGUUCGCGCUCUCACCGUCUCUACAUCUUAUCCUGCAGUUUUCGAUUAUCUCGGUGACAGCGACGCUCUAUUUGGUGUUAAGUUCAAUCCGAGCCGUUCUCAUUUCACAUGAGAGAGUGAAAGAGGAGGAAGAGCAGUGCUGUUCUCGCCCAUGCUCGGUGAUCGGUCUUGGAAUAUUUCUUCCUGCUGUGCUAACGUUUACCACGUACUUCUUCUCGAACAACUACGACAGCAACCUGACCAGGGUUUUUGACCGAAUCGACUGGCUCUUUAUCGCCAACUACCUCUCGCCAACUGUGCUCUUCUGUGCAUUAUGUGUUUCCUAUGCCAUAUGGAAUAUAUAUUUGGGCAGUUUGUGGAAGUCUCGUCAUCGCGGUUCGUCUGAACGAUUUCUAUCCCUUGCACCUGCAGUACAAGCAUCUUUAGUUUCGAUAAUAACGCUAAUACUUCUCGCAUCGUUCGUGGUUUUGUUCCUUUUUCGAGAGCGGUCAUCGGUCGUCGCUAUACUGUACUCCCUCAUGCAGAUACUGUAUUCGUGUUGCGCUUUCCUGUUUGCUGGAUAUGUGUUCAGGUAG